UUUUAUAGAUUAUGCAUGGUUAAAAUAGAAUCUCUCUGGGUACGAGUUAGCUUUACUAUUUGUCAACGUAAUUGGGUUAACUCGUUCCACUUGAGAUUAAUUAAGUUUAUUUUUCUUUUCGGACAUUUUGGAUCAGCUCUUUGGACGAAUAAGAAAAAUGACCCAGAAUUCCAACCAAUAGAAACAGUUUGUCUCUCUACUCAAAACUAUUCGGAGGAUCAUAUAAUCCAGAUUGAUACAUCGCUGCACAGAAUCAAGCACAAGACAACACAAUGUCGGGACGGGGACAAAGUCAAGCCAACAACAACAAGUCUGAUCAGUGUAACCCCAACAAUCCAAAAUAUGGAGGGCACACUAGCAAAUACUCCGGAACCGGAACUAGGACAGACUUAAAUAACCACGGCAACCAGCUGAAUCCCAACAACGAACGGUUCCAACCAAAGAAAAAGUAGUGUCGGCAGAAAAAAUGACCUGCUGAAAAAGACUUUUUAAAAAAUCAGUCUACAUGUAUGUUUUGAUGAACUCGAUAAAAAAAUUGUUACAAUAA